AUUCCCGCAGUAAUCGAUCAGAGUAAUUCCUUUCCUCUGGUAACAAAAAACGGACUUUCAUAGGCUGACCAUCAUGUUUCAUUAAUGGUACUCUCUCCUUAUUUUCUGCCAUCACAAAUUCUGUAAACUGUCCAUGCUGGUAGCCAAUCAGAGAGGUUUUGAUACAAUCCACCGAAUCAGAUAACAAUGGUAAGUAUAUGCCAUCAAGGUUUACACCAGCAAUUUGGUCAUCACAGUCACCAUGAUGAGAAUCGUCACAUAUUACCAGAAUGGGUCUUCGAAGAACAUUAGCUAAGGCAAAUAUAUGAAUCCCCUCGAGACAGUAAAAACUUGGUGUUGUUGUAAGGGCGACUGUUUUCUUCCAGUCUUCACUCCACUGCUCGACACCAAAAUCCAUUGGUGUACCAGCAUUUUGAUCGUCCAACUGCCUUUCGACUUCCAACUGCCAGCGUUGUCGAUAAGUGCCUAAAAUGAAGUUUAAAUGAAUAAGGACUUAUUUGUUCUUCGCGUGUUCCUGAUCACACACCCGAGUUCCUAACCUGUCACAUCUUUGGUGAGGAUUUGACAGAUUGUUUUUAUCAGACAACCACAAGCGAAAAUAAGUGUGCUACAAAUUAUUUCCAUAAUCUGUUGACAAUGGCCGAUCAACUAUAUAAGUGUUAUGCAUAGACUUCGUACAAACCACUAUAUAUAUUGCGUUGGAUGGUGCAGACUAGCUGUUCCGAAAUCUGUGGAAAUUACAAAUGGCCGAUCGCAACUCUUGGAUGCAUGUCGCUAGUCUUGAUGUUUGUGGAAUUAACAACCCUUCACUGAGGCUGAGAAACAUUAUCGGACAAACUCUUAUUAAAGAUCGAACAGGCACUUAUCAAAAACGUUGGCAGUCCGACUUGGAGGAUGAGAAUGGUGCAAGUCCAAUGGAUAUUGGCAUUGAGCAAUGGAGCGAAGACUGGAAGAAAACAGUCGCUCUUCCAACAACAACAAAAUCAACUACACACAACAGUUUUUACUGUCUUGAGGGGAUUCAUUUAUUUGCCUUGGCUAAUUUUCUUCGAAGACCAAUUCUGGUAAUAUGUGACGAUUUUCAUCGUGGUGACUAUGAUGAACCAAUUGCUGGUGUAAACCUUGGUGGCAUAUACUUACCACUGUUGUCUGACUCCGUAGAUUGUAUAAAAAACCCCUCUUUCCAUUCGCUACCACCAUGGACACUUUACAGAACUUGUGAAGACAGAAAAUAAUGAGAGAGUAUCUUUAAUGAAAUAUGAUGGUCAGCCUAUGAAACUCCGUUGUUUGUUACCAGAGGAAAGCAAUUUCUCAGAUCGAUUACUGCGGGAAUACUUGAACUGUUUAAAGUUGAAUUACACUGAUGAAAAUGGGUGUAUAACGGAAAUACUUUUUGCGAAAAUGCAAGCCUGUUAUACUUGCGGCUAAAAUAAAUACGCAAUGUGUGCAUUUGGAUAGCCUUUAUGACACAAAAAAGUAGUUGCAACUAAAAUUAUGCUAACUUUAUUAUACAAGGUUCUAUUCUUUGCUUUCAAGGCGAAUAUGACGAAUUGUGUAAAUUCAGUCAAAAGACUCAGAUCUUUGUCUUUCUCUACUGUCUGUACGCUCUCUCUCAAAUUGCAUAUCCACGACGAAAUUAGAAUUUUACAGUCAUUUAACUUACUUCACUAUACUUUACACUUGGAAUGAACCCUUCAGACUAUGGGGAGCUGCAAAAAAUAACGUGCUCACGUUUAUGAUGAUAUUACAAAUUUACCACGAACUAUUGAAUUACAAAGAUUUUACUUUCUGUGGUGCAAAUUAACAUGUCGCGACUCGCGAUACACUUUUGAUGACUUGCAGCGUAAUAAAUGUGGUAAAUAGCAAAAGCUACGACACACAAAUCUCCAUAACUUAAAUCUUUGAAAUAAAUUUCGACUGCCUGUAUAA